CUUCGUCGCUGGCAGGCUGGCUGGCGUUCUUACACACCUGAACAUAUUUGCAGUUUGCGAGUUUAUUUCUUAUUUUCUAUUUUUAUUCACCACGGGAAGUCGGGAUGAUAUAAUGGAUUGAAAUGACCAUAUGACAGCCUUCCUUUUCUCCUUUAUUGUUUCUUUUUAUUUCUGCCUCGUUUUCCCUUGCACCCCUCCUAGGGGCGGUUUAGUUUUUUUCGACUACAGUUUUUUUUUUCUCCUCAUCACCAGCACCAGUAGAGACGGACGCUGUCUGUGUUUAGUAUGUUCUCGCUUUAGUUUUUUUUUUUUUUUUUUAAAGAAUAAAGGACUGCCUGAAACAAGAAAACAGAUUAUAAAGGGAAAGCUGGGACCGCGCAUGACCCGAUAGAGCAUAUAAAAAGCCACAAGAGAGCCCAAUCCUGAGCGAGAGUCUCGUUCUUGUCCAGAAGGAGACACCCAGAGUGAAAAAGGAUGUCAGCCCGAGGGGGAAAGAAGAAAAGCACCAAGCAGUCUCGGUCCGGGCGGGCCGGGGUCAUCUUCCCUGUGGGCAGGAUGAUGAGGUACCUGCGGCGGGGGACACACAAGUACCGCAUUGGCAUGGGUGCGCCCGUCUACAUGGCAGCCGUGAUCGAGUACCUGGCAGCUGAAAUCCUGGAGUUGGCAGGCAACGCGGCGAGGGACAAUAAGAAAGGCAGGAUCACCCCGCGCCACAUCCUGCUGGCCGUGGCGAAUGACGAGGAGCUCAACCAGCUGCUGCGCGGGGUCACCAUAGCCAGCGGGGGGGUCCUCCCCCGAAUCCACCCUGAGCUACUAGCUAAGAAGCGGGGCGCCCGGGGCAAAGUGGACGCCCAGUCCUCCCCGCCCGAGAAGAAGGCAAAGAAGGCAUCAGUCGUCAAGAACACCAAGAAACCCGUCGCCAAGAAGCUGGGCAAGAGCAAAUCAGCCAGGAAAACGAGGGAGAAGCAUGCUGAGAACAACAAGGAGGGGGCCUCCAGCUCCACCACAGAGGACGGGCCUGGCGACGGCUUCACUGUACUCUCAUCAAAGAGCCUCUUCCUGGGGCAGAAGCUGUCCCUGACACAGAGUGAGAUCCACAACAUUGGAUCCAUUAAAGUGGAGGGGAUCAUCAACCCCACAAACGCAGACAUCGACCUCAAGGAGGACGUGGGGAACGCACUGGAGAAAGCUGGAGGAAAGGAGUUCCUGGAAUCCGUGAAGGAGCUCCGCAAAUCCCAUGGGCCUCUGGAAGUGGCAGGAGCGGCCUUGAGCCAAGCGAACGGCCUGCCGGCCAAGUUUGUGAUCCACUGUAACAUCCCCCAGUGGGGCUCCGACAAGUGUGAGGAGCAGCUUGAGAAGACAGUCAAAAACUGCCUGUCAGCCGCCGAAGACAAGAAGCUCAAAUCUGUCGCCUUCCCGUCCUUCCCCAGUGGCAGAAACGGUUUUCCUAAGCAGACUGCAGCCCAGCUGAUUCUGAAGGCCAUCUCCAAUCACUUUGUCUCGUCAACAUCUUCCUCCCUGAAAAACAUCUUCUUUGUUUUAUUUGACAGCGAGAGCAUUGGAAUCUACGUUCAGGAAAUGGCAAAACUCGAUGCCAAGUAAAUGAGAGGAAAAAAUCAAGAUUCAUUUGUGUAUUUUGUUCUGAAGUUAAGUAAGAAUCGACAGGAUUUUAAACUGCUGAUAAGUUUGGACAGGAGGAUGUAUUUUAAGUAGAAGAGAUGAGUGUGGCUUAAAAAAAAAAGAAAAAAAGAUUGAAUUUGGUAGAUUUUGUGACAAACGGUAUGUUUGAUGUGCGAUACAGUACUGUAUGCUUUUUAAUUACUCUACACUUGUUUUAUAGUCUCUGUCGAGAAGAGAGAGUGGGAGUUACACAAUUUGAAUAUAACAUGGAACACUGUCAUUUUUGGCCUUAGUUUGUAAUUAGAAACCGAAAAAUACUCCUGUAAGUUUUACCCUAAGAUGAUGACCCACAGCCCUGUUCAUUUUAUGUAACACUUGAGUUUUGUUUUUUGAAAUUUGCUCUUGCAUUCCGUGUACAAAGACACAUUAAGAGAAGACUGUAUCUGUUUUUCCCCUGAAUAUUCUUGGUAGUUUCUGAUACCGUUAGUUUACUAAAAAAAAAGUUGUGUGUUGACCGACUGCUUGGAAUAAAACCAGAUGUUUGACACCUCA